AUGAAGCUUCAUUCAAACGGGAAACUAUCUGAUGAUGAGCGUCGAUUGUCCAACUAUUUCCACAAUUUCAUAAACGAUAUUACACACAUACGGACCAUCAAAUCGGCUUUCGAUAGCGGCAUAUACGAUUCUCUUUAUGACAAUUACUACGACCCAGCAACCGAUCCGAUCGAAAUUAAACAGCGACGAAGGAAAUCGAGGGAAGUUCAGAGAAAAGGGACGUCUGAUCAGGAAGCAGAUAGUGGUACUGGUUCUCAAGCUGAUGCGUCAGAUGCCGGGGAAGCUUCCUUGCUUUCACCUCGACAACUCGGUGUAUCGACACUGGAGAUCAUUUGCGGCGAUGAACAUGAGAAGUUAUCUGUAAUCGUUCAUGAACUAAUUGACAUCAAAUGCAGGUGGCAGAAUCUGCUAUCCGAAAAGGAAAUAAACUUAGAUGACUUCGAUCCGGAUAGUGAACACGAACUCCAUCAUCUAGCUCCCUACGGAUCUUACGAACCCGUAUUAAGACUUUUAUCCGAUAUAUUUACAAAGUGUUACAAAUGUAUUGAACUGUCCAAGCAGUGGUUGAACCUUGCACCUAAGGUAUAUCCGUCACUACCAUUGAGUCGAUCGUCGACAUUGUCUAGUAACAGCACCGCGAAAACCGCUGUGUCACGAAGCGUUCCAUCAUCUGCUAAACCACGCUCUUCAAGACCACAGACUUCCAAACCAGGUUCUUCUAGACCACGGUUAGUUAUCAAGAAACCGAGAGUUGCUAAAUUUAAACCGGGACAAACUGAUAAACCUUCUGCGAACGGCUUACCUACAGAUGACAGUGACCUUAGUUUGGAUCUGAAGGUCGAGACUUACAGAUCCGAAAACAGUAGCCGUAAUGCUUCUGACCGUUAUGGCGACGUUAAAGGUAAUACAUAUCGUGUCGGUCACAGUUCGGGUGAUUCGGCAACGGUUUUGUCUGGAUCCUUUACCUCUGAUGCUAAAACUCCCCCACCUUCUCCCAAAGCAGCCGAUGUAAAGGAAGGCAAUUAUAACUACCUGAUGGUUCAGCUAAGAGAGACCAUCCGCAACAUUGACGAUCUAGAAAUCAGCUUGCAAAAUUACCGAUUAGAAAUCGACGCUUUAUACACUCACGAAGAUCGUAUCAAUAAUUUGGAAUAUAAAUACAACUCUGUUAGCCAUCAGUUCGAGAGUUUGACUCGUAAUCAGGAAUCGGAUCAAGCCAAAUUGAACGACAUGGAAGAAAAACUAUCAUUUGCUCUGAGUGGUACAUCCAAGUUCUUGGACUACCAGAGAGGUAUUGUGGAUUUGAAGACUCGGAUACAAAAGCGAGCUAAUGAGAUGAAGAUGCUAAAAUUCCAGAUCAGUGUAUUGGAGCAAGAUUAUCAGCUGGAAGAAGACAUCAAGCCAAAUUUUGAAAAUUUCGUGGAAGACCUUAAAAUUGAUAUUAUUGAAACUGAGCGCCUUCUACAAGAAGAGAAAACUGAAAAGUUGCGGUUGGAAACAGAGAUGGCGUCGUUGAAUCCGAAGGGAUCUUCAAGUCGUUUUUAUGACAGCGUUGCUUAUGGUCGUGAAUUUACUAGUGAUUCACAAACAUCUGGUUUUAAUGGAUUCUCUGAUACCCAAUCUGAUCUAGACUACGAGAUUUUAAAAUCGGGAAGUCACGCCACGCUUUCGGACAGAUUUGAAGCAGUUUCGUUAUCUUCUCAACAGAAGCAACCCGAAAGUACACUCGCUUGGGAUCGUUAGUGUCUGGAAAGUUUAUAAUUUUUAAACCACUGGGUUGACUCUGACUGAGCAUGGUAUUUGGAUUGUUGGUAACUUAGGUACCUCAAAUCGAGCUCCAUUCUAUCGAUCCAUUUAACAAAAACUAGUACAGUACGUCGCGUAGAUGGCAUUUUGUGAUCACCCUUCAUAGAAGACCGUUUUAGUCGUUGAGAAUAUUCGUUUUGUCUUUUAUUCGUUCCGAGAAGGGAUGAAGUAAUGACAAAUUUCAUCUUUUGUCAGGGACUCUAGAAUCGGUUAUGGAAUGAUGUUGAACAGAUUGAUGUAAAAUUCCCAUUGCCCUCUUGUAUUAAAGGCUCAAUACCACUCUUGUUGUAACUGAAUAAUAUGUCCCAAUCUUUAUU